AUGUCUGGUCACUAUGUUCAGCUUUGUCCAAAUCCUCUCCGGUUUGAGCCUGUCACCAAAGAAAAUAGUGUAUUUUUUGACGAAGCAAACCGGCAGGUAAGGCAAAAAGAGUUUUUUUGGAUAUAAAUGAGGAGUCGUAGUUUGGAUUCGAUAUCUCUUUUAAGGAGACCUCUACUCAGUUGGUAAUUUUUGGUUUAUUUUUUUGGGAAUUCUUGAAGGCCUAAUGCAACAGAACCACAUGAUGGUAGAAAUUUUACAUUUAUUUUGAAUCUUUCCAUGAUUAAUUAAGUGCAUGGAGGACAAAUACAUGGUUUGACAGACUCUGGAUUGAUUAGGGCUCAAAAAGUGAAAAGUCUGCUCUUCUACUUACUGACCCUCAGUACUGCAACUUAUCCUGAUAAGUAUAACAUGAAGUUACUAGAGGUAAUCAUACCCAUGACUCCUGGAUAGGAUGUUAGUCCAUCAAAGAUUACUGCAUUUCCCCACCCUCUCCUCCCUACCAGCAUUUUGUCAGGUUUUCUUGACAUCUCUGGGGUACCAAUUCAUACUUGUGGGUAGUGGGGCAUUGUGGUGGUAAAGGAUCUUGUACAACACAAUGAUCCAGCCAGGUCUUGGACCCAGACCUCUUGACCUGGAGUUCAGUAUACUAAUGUUUUAGCCAUACCACCCCUGCUCCCAUACCUUCUCUCACUCUUUGGGAUUACAUUGUAAGAAAGUAAAAGCCUUUAUAUGGGUUCAAGUGGCCCAUGGGGCUGGUGCUUAACUCCAGUUUUCUUAGCAUGAAGCAGGUAGGAGUAUUGCUACUCCCCCCCUGGAUGGGAUGCUAGUCCAUUGCAGGGUUACCCCCAGCACAUUUGCUGGUACCCAUCUGUACACCUGGGUGAAGAGAAGCACUGUGAGAGUAAAGUGUCUUGCCUAAGAACACAACACAAUGACCCUGGCCAGGGCUCAAAUCUGGACCACCUGAUCUAGAGUUGGGCGCACUUACCAUGAGGCCACUGCGCCUCCACACUUACAUUGUACUGUAGGGAAUUUGCCAAUUCAUGGGCAAACUUGUGACCAAGAGAGGUCAUAUGUAUGGCUGUGGAAUCUAGUUCUCUUUUAAAUAAUUUCUAUUGCCACUGAAUAUGUAAACAUUUUCUUCCAGGUCUUCUCUGUUACCUCUGUGGAUGGAAAAACCCAUGUUGUAGUCAGAGGUCCUGAUCUGAAGUCUUUUGUCAUCUUCGAGUAUGUCGUUGGCUUGUGUUGUGCAAUAUUAGAAAAUAAAUGCACUAAAGAUGCAUAAAGGACAAAUCCAAGAAUUUUUGCAAAUGAUCAAGGGAGGUGUUAGACCUUAAGAAAAGAAAUGAUUUAAGUUUCAAAAUUAAACCAAAAUUUGUGGAAUUAAAGUGAGAGAUGGUUAACCCUAUAACUCCCAAGAUCUCAUCAGUAAUUCUCCUUACUGUCUGCCAAAUGAUUCUCAUUAUGUUAGUUUGGAGAAUUUGGUAUCAGAUCACUCAGUAAUCCCAUAAUUGAUAUUUUUCUUUAUUCUCAUCACUUGUUUACAUGACAUUGUAUAGAUAUAGUAAGGAGAAAUUCUGUCUCGUUCACUCAUGGGAUUUAAAGGGUUAACUGUAUAAGAUGCAAACCAGGUGAUUUUUAGCCAUAGGCCUGUGGAUCUGAUAGUAAGAAAGACAAAUAGAUUAGAUAUGUUGGUAUUGAAUCACUCAUUCUCUUUUCCCUUCCCUUUCCUUUCCCUCUUCUUCCUUUCCUUUCUCUUCAUUUCCUUUGGAUUAUAUCAUAUAUCUUAUCAUAUGCAUUCACAGCAUACCAACAAUGGGAUAUGUACAGUCCAUUAAAUUCUCUUAUGACCGCAAGAUAUUAGCAAUCCAGAGAUCUAUAAAAGUUGUGGUAAGGAAUUCAAUUCAAUUUAAUGUUUCAUUUUGCAUUCUCCAUGUAAAUAUUUAAUAAUUAUUAAAACUACCAUAAUAGGGGCUGUUUCUAAUUAUUAUUUUUCUUUGCAUUCUAUCUGUGAAUCUAAUUUAUUUCUAGGAGUUUAUUAACUUUGCUGAUGGAAUUGAUAGCCAGCAGUAUAGCCAGACAUGUAAGGUAUGGUAUAUUCAAUUAUCUUUACACCCCUUAAAGUGCAGGUUUAUAGGAGAAUUUCAUGUGGAUACUGGAUACAGUGGUGGAUACUGUGUUUAGAUGUCUGCAUUUAUCAUGAUAGCCUUUGGUUUUUUUUGUACAGAGCAUUUUAUUAUGGACCAUAGUGACCACAAUGCCACUACUAUAUAAUUGGAGUCAUUAUCUCACUGUCUUCUGAUGUUUACUGGAAAAAAUAGAAAGAGCUGGGUUUUUUAAUUAUUUUUUUUUUUUUUUUUUUUUUUUGAUGAGAAGAUCAACACCUUGUAUAGCAGGAAGCAAACAGCUGUGAAUUACGUGGACCAACUCUGAGGCAUAAAUUUCUGGUGUAAUCGCUUUACUCAUUAAGCAUACAAGAUCUUAUUUGUGCCUCCUUCACAACCUCAGCUGGAGAUCCAACUACAAACAUGAAUUGAUUUAUAAAGAUCUUUUGUUAUUUGUUCUCUUCACAGAGCAAGUCUGCCCAUGUUAUUGGUUUCAACUGGACAAAUUUGAAUGAAAUUGUCUUUAUUACAAACCAAGGUCUAGAAUUUUAUCAGGUAGAGGCUGUAAUUUAUUAGUGGAAAUUAAUUGUUUCCUUUUCCAAACCCCUGAGAGUGAUUAGUAUCUAUUUUUUACUUAUUUUAUUGUCCCCAAAUCAAACAUUAACCCUUCAACUCCUGUAAUUGACCAAGAAAGAAUUUCUCCUUACUAUAUCUAUAAAAUAUCAUGCAGAUAAGUGAUGAGAAUAAAGAAAAAUAUCAAUUAUACGAUUACUAAUUGAUCUGAUGCCAAAUUCUCUAAACUAACAUAAUGAGAAUUGUUUGGCAGACAGUAAGGAGAAUUGCUCAUGAGAUCUUGGGAGUUAAAGGGUUAAGGUCAUGCACUAACUAGAGAAGUUCUUGAUUGUUAAACAAAUUCUCCCUAGUAUUACAUUGGUGUUUAUAUAAUAAAGAAAAUGUAAUAGCGGAGCUUGCAGAGCAUAGUCCCAUAAUUAUACAAAAUAGUAGUAACCCAUCAAGCCGAAAAAAAUUUGGAUGUACAACUGUACGACUGUACAAGGUGCUACUUUUAUCAUGCAUGGUCAACUGUACUGCGGGCAUGCCAAUGCCACGGCUUUGUUCAGUAGUCCAGUGGUCAGUGCACUGGACUCUGAGUCAGACAACCUGGGUUCUAGUCCUGACCAGAGCAUGGUGUUGUGCUCUUGAGACGUGCAGGGGAAAAAAAAAGCAAGCUCUGCUUUUAGGCUUGGCUAAAUCUAUAUGUUAUGGCUGCUUGGAGAUACAAAAUUUCCCUUCAUAUGCUGAAAAAGAUUUAACUCAUAGAGAAAUUUUGUAUCUCCCCAGCCAUGUAAUGUCCUCUAUAUCUCGUAUAAACAGAGCAGUAAAAAGGUUGUUGUUUUCAAACUUCCUGUUGUUGCAAGGAUUGUUGGGACUAAUAGUACUGUUAUUGAAAAUUAAAUUUAAAUUAUGGUGUCAUAGUUUCAUGUUUGUUCCAUUAUAAUUGAAAUAAGUGUCGAAUACCUUUCUCCUCUAGCUGUAGAAAAAUUAAAAAAAUUUAAAUUGAGGAUGGUCAAUGUUUAACUUACAACUUACCAAUGAACUAAGCCAUUGUAUCAUGAAUACUUUUUGUGGUAUUCUUUCCAAGGUAUUACCAGAAAAGCGUAGCCUAAAGAUGAUUAAGAACUACAGUGUGCAAGUCAACUGGUUUGUCUUCCUGGUAAGACAAAAUAUUAUGUGUAUAUGAACAUUUUACUACCAGUGAGUUGAAAUUUUCCUUGCAUCUUUGAAUUAUUUCUUUCUAGCUCAGUUGGUGGAAGCUCCCAACUUUUAUCUGGCCUUGGAAUGUAUGGGCUCAUCUCUGGGAAAAAUCCUGAUUUUUUUCCAGGCUGUGCUCUGAAUACCAGUAGGAUCAUGUGCAGGUCAAAUGCGACUAAAAUAAGUUAUUGAUGUAUUAUUUCAGAGUGAUGAGGAUCUUUAGUAUUACAAACCUCAUAGCUGAGAGAUACUCAAAAGAAACUUUCAGAAAUAUUUAUGACCAAACUAAUCUUAAGUGUCUCAUCCUCUUUCUCUGAAGCCUGAGAGUGCUGUUCUUCUUUUGUCUUCCUCGGGCCUUGGAAAUGUUAUUCAUCCAUAUCACUUUAGGGUGAGUUUUAAUCCCAAAUUGUUUAAUUCAUCAUUAUCAUUGAAGUAAAUCUUCUCAGAAUGUUCAUUUAAUAGAAGAACAGUACUUGCUGAUUGUUCACUUUUAUAUAUGUUUUGGGCAGUUUGGUGUUUGAUAUAAAAUUUAUGCUGACCCUCUAAGAGUAAGUGGCUUUAUUAAUUCAAUCAAGAGGAAAUGUAGCAUUAUUUUCGUUGCGUUUCAUAUCACUACAGGCAGGGUCUGUCAUGAGGUUACCAAAGUUUGAGGUAGAUAUCCCUGCGGCCUCCAAAGCUCAGAAAGUUCAACUGUUGGAAAGGGAUGUCACUCUUGCAAACAUGUGAGUUAUAACUGUCCAGCCAAAAAUCCAUACUAGUCAGUCAUCUCUCAACUCCAAAAUAGACUUAUACCCCAUUCACACCAGCAAAACAUGUUUUGUUAAACUGGUUUUCAUUGAAUGAAAAUUAUAAACAGAGAACUGAAAAACUUGAUUUUCCAUUGGAUUCAAGUACUUGCUAACUUGCAUUUCCAAUGUGCUACAUUCAAGUCAAAAAUAUUCGGUUAAAUAGUUUCUAUGAAGAAAAAAAAAAUUAAACUGUGUUUAACAAAACAACUUUUAAACAUGUUUAAGCUUUGGUGUGAAUGGGGCAUUAGUUACAAACCAUGUUUGCAGAAACUCUGACUUCUGAUUCCAUCAGUUUGAUUUUUAUGGAAUAAUAUUGCUCUGUGCUUGUGAUAGGGACUCUGACUCAAAUGUUAGUGCAUGGAAACCAACCUAGUACUGGUUGAAAGUAUGUGAUCUGUCCAUCAAAAUCACCCCAAGUCAAAUAUCAAACAACAUAGAAGACUGAAAAGUCAGAACAGAUAUAUAAGUUUGUAUAAACCACAAUGUAUGAAUGCUUUGUUUUAGACUGAAUCAAUGGAAAUAAUUCCACUUGAAGUUGACUCAAAAAUCAACCCUUUUACACCAAAGAGUGACAAGCAUCUAAUUUUCCUUACAAUAUCACCCCAGAAUCAAGCAUUUCAGGUCACAAGAAUAAAGGAAAUGAUCAACAAGUAAAAAAGUUCUACUAAUUCUUGUUUGUUAAACAAAUUCUCCUUGUCUGCACCUUUGGAAAUGUAUAGAGAACAGUAUGGAGAUUAUGUAUACUGAUGUUCUGGUGCAAAGGGUUAGUAUGACAUUGAUUGUUGAGGCUCCAUAGAUUUCUCUUUACAUGUUUUCUUUCAGAGAUGGCCAGCUCUAUGUGGUAAUUCUCAGAAACCAGCAGAGAAGUCAAACCACAGGACCAGUUGGUGCAGAGAUUGUUCUGUACCAGCUUCAGCGGUAAGCCAAAGACAAACAUUAUUUAAAUUGGCCACUGUUAAAAGUUUAAAAGCUGAUGUUUUGAGCAUCAGCCCUCUGUCAGAUCAUCACUCUGAUGGAGGGCUAACAAUUGAAACAUCAGCUUUUAAACUCUUUACAGAGGCUAAUUUACAUUUAUUUAUCAACUCAGUUGAUAAUACUUAAUUACCCUGUUAUGCUCUCCCACCAAUGCAGUACCACAGUUUCUUUAGAAACUUACCCCUUUUAUUCAAACGUUAUUUGUUGAAUAUACCUUGCUGUGGGUCAGUUAUUUUAGAGUAAAUAAUAUUAAAGGUGUGUUCUAAUUGUAGAGAUAUCCCAGCCAAGAAGGUAGCUGUUCUUCAACUGAACAUGAUAGGAAGAUUUGCAGUCAAUGUUGUGGUAAAUAUAUUUUUACUACGCAAUCACUAGCUUUGAAACUCAUAUCAUACUUGAAUAUUUUAUUUUCACACAUAAAAUCUCAAAUGAGCUAAAGCGGCCUUAAAUAAAACAGGAAGAAACAAGCUCUUUUAGUUGGAUCAGCUUAAUUGUAUAUAAACUACUAAUUAGUAGACACUGAAGAAUUUCCUGAAAGAAAAUAAACUGAGUUUCCUGAAUGACUUUUUGUCAUCACAGUUAUUGUGAAAGUGUGACUUAUUUGCUCCUUUGCAUUUUUAUCCUCACAGUGAAAUUUUUCUUUGUUACGUCUUAAUAUGGAUCAGUUAGAAGCAUUUUUUUCCAACUAGGUGCUUUGGAAGACUGACCAUGCUCUUGUGCAGCCUUAAUAAGGAGAUUAAUCAUUCUUUGCUUUGUUUUCCACAGGAUAACCUUGUUAUUGUCCAUCAUCAAGCUUCAAAGGUAAUUUUUGAGUCAACUUCAAGUGGAAUUAUUUCCAUUGAUUUAGUCUAAAAUAAAGCAUAAAUAAAUUAUAUGGUUCAUACUAAAGUAAAUGUCUGUUCUGACUUUGCAGACGUCUAUGUUGUUUGAUAUUCGACUUGGGGGAGAUUUUGAUGGACAGAUCACAUACUUUCAACCAGUACUAGCACCUCUGCCACUUGAACAAGCAGUUUUUGAAGCAGGUAAGCCAUGUUCAGAGUUAAUUGGUCAUUUUUUUUUAAAGAUAACAACACGUUUUUGCUGUACAAUUGCCCUUAUGGUUGGGUUGGAAAAUUUGUGGAUUUGAUGCUAAUUGUCUUAAGUUUGUUUCUUUGUGGUUUUAUUUUUUAGAAGAGAAAGAUUCUACUGAUGCAGUUAAAAAGAAGAGGGUACUUUGUGAAAUGUGUAUCCAAAAACAGACUCAUGCAAUGAGAUUAUUUGCUACAUCAUUAAUAUCAAGAGAGAUCAGGGAAGAUAGUAAAUUUUGAGCCCAGCUGUUGGACAAAGGAUUAUGUUAUUUGCUAUUGAAUUGGGACAAGGAAAAAACCCCUAGACCCUCACAAGGACUCGUACAUCAGACUUCAGGAUUUUGCAGAUAGAUAUAAAUUACCUGUAACUGUGUAUUACCACUAUGUUUCUUAACAAGGUCUUGAUUCCAGACUCUCAAAACUGGAUUGUGUUUCAACCAAACAUCAUCAUAGAUGCUAAACUUGGUAAGUUUGUAUUUCAACUUCAAUAGGUCCAAGAAAUGUUGCAUCUUUCAGUGUUUAAUCACUAUGAUAAAGGUUCCUACCACUUGACAAAGAAAUAUGAGAGAUUUCCAAUGUAAGAGUUGUUGUAGGAGGGGAGGGGGAAGAGAGAGAGAGAGAGAGAGAGAUAUGGUCAGAAUAUUUCUUGAUGUGUACCUUGAUGCAAAUUUUUAAUGGUGUUUUUUGUAGAUGCAUACCCCUGCAUCUUUAGGGUUUCUCUUAGCUUUACAGUUUUCUUUUGACUGCAAAAAAGAAAUUAUAACCUUAGGUUUUUCCAAGUAACACCAUUGACCGGAAUGCUUCGUGUUUUGUCCUCAGGUUGUUUGUGGGAGGUUAUGAUAAAGCUGGAGCCCUUGGUUGCCAUGAUUGGUGACAAGGUAAAUCUUAUUUUGUCUAUUUUUUGUCAUUUGAGAUAUCAGUUGGUGUAACUGACAGAGGUAAGUCGCCCUUGAUUUCAAGCUGUAAAUCACACAAAGCAUGACACUGGGUUACCAGCUGUAGUCAUUGGGGUCUGAGCCCCAUGGAAGCUGGGAUUCUGUUUUUGUUUUUGUUUUGUUUGUUUUCCUGGCUUUACCCUGUAUAGUUGUAAAUCAAUUUAAUAGGCAAUUAUUUCCCAAAAUAGAGUUGAAUAGUGAUGGGUAUUUACUGAAACAUGAAGUGCAAGGUAAAUUUCCAACACUUUCAAUGACACUGGGUGAAUGACUGUUAUUAUUUAGUAUAUACUGCACAUAUAACCAAGAAAAAGGUUUUUUCUGUCAAAUAAAUCUUAAAAUGUUUGUAAAUGAAACUCUUGAUGCAAGAUUUUGUCUCUUUGGCUACUCAGAGGUGAAUAGAACUUGCUUAUUACAUCUGAACUGGCCAAUCAGUAGUAUAUAGUUACUGGCUAAGUUCGUUUAUUAGAAUCAUUUUGUCAUUUUCUUGUUGUCCACUCUUCACAUUGAAUAAAUUUCCAAAUAAUUGUAUAUAAACUGACAAUGUCAGUGUUGCGUGUUGUACCCAUUUGGCAAUGAGCUUUUUUAUCUUUUAGGGCUUGUUGAUUGACUUCCUACUUCUAAGGAAAGAAAGCAAAAUGGUCAUUUUAACAGUUUUCAAACAAGGUAUGGACACCAUUUAGCCAAUGUAUUUAAUCAUCUCAAUUGCAACGCUUGGAAUUACCAUUUAGCUUAUUACCGUAUUUAUUCGCCUAUAAGCCGAUCUCGGCUAUAAGCCGAGACCCUAAACUUUUUCAUGUCAGCAGCUGUUGCAUUGAAAUAAAAAAUAAACACAAAACAUUCGGCUACCCCUACCUUGGCGAGAAUUUACCUGUUCUCAGUUUAAUUUGUUGGAAAAAUCGCUCGGCUUAUAGGCGAAUAAAUACGGUAUUGCUUUAUUUUUUGUUGCAAGGUGUGACAGCAUAGUUAUUAACCUUUUUUUUUUUUUGUCAUCAUGUAACAGCCUUAACUCCAGGGAGACAGAGCAGCCUUCCAGUCAUAGCUCGCAUGUUUGACAAGGUGAACUUGGCUUACAGAAGUUAUGCACUGGAAGCUGAACAAAAUGCACAACAGGUUAGUCUGUAUGAAUUCUCAAGGUAACUCUGUUAUUACCUUCUGUGAGUUAUGAUUAUGAGAUGACAGGAGAAGGAAAGGCUUAAGGAGAAUGAACGAUCAGGGAGAGGAAAUGGUCAGGAAAGAUUGUUCUAAGGGGCACAGAGGUUGAAGGAACCUACUGUGGAGUCAGGAAAACUGGGCACCGGGUGGGUAAAGAUUAAGUAGAGGGAUGAAUAAGAUGAUUAGAGUAGGAAAAAAGUGAAAACAAAAAUGAAAACUUGUAGACUGAGGCAUCAAGGUCUGGAUGAAACAAAGAGGGUAGAAAUGGAAGCAGAGCUGGCUAAUGAGUUGAAGGAAGAUGGGAGGUUGACAUUCACUGAAUUACUUUGGAAAGACAGAGUAAACGGAGGUCUGGAUGAAACAAAGAGGGUAGAAAUGGAAGGAGAGCUGGCUAAUGAGUUGAAGGAAGAUGGGAGGUUGACAUUCACUGAAUUUCUUUGGAAAGACAGAGUAAACGGAGACAGGGAAGGAAGGAGUAGUGGAAAAAAUGUACAUCCUAGGCACUUGAAGGGAGGAAUAUAACAGAGCAGCAAAAAUUCGAUAGGAAGAGAAAAAAUUAUGGAGAAGUCGGAUCAAUAUCAGUAUCUGGGCAACUGCCCACCUACCCCUCCCCUAACUCAACAAGAGUCAAUUGAUAACAAGUUAGGGUUAAAGUUGGGUUAGGGGAGGAGUAGGUGGGCAGUUACCCAGAUACUGAUAUUGAUCUGAGAAGUCUUUUCUGAGGUUAAAACAUAUUUCUAUUUGAUAUGAAUCAGAAGUUUCUCUCCUUCCUUCUUAGUGUUUAUAUGUAACUGAUUGAAAAAUGCACUUGUUUUUCUCCUAGUCAGGUGAUGCUUCCAAGGGUCAGUCUCCCCAAAAACAAGUCUCCAGGUUAGUGAACUCAAAUUUUGUUCCUUUUCUUUUUUAUAUCUUACAAGUUAAAUAAUAUUACUGGUUAACUUUUCAAGAAAACUUUUCUUUGGUAAUAUUCCUAUAUCAGUUGAACGGUAAUUUGGACAAGGUUAAAACCAAAUUUUUGCAAGGGUUUUACUGAUGGGAUAGGGGAGGCCCAAGAGAGGUUUACAGGGACAUUGCUUUGCUGCUUUGCUUCCUUUGUUUCCCUCUUCUCCCCCCCAUCUAUUGCUACCUAACAACUCUUACCCUCUAUAACUACUGAAAACAUGUUUUCAAUGUCUAGUAAAUAUAUAAUGUAUUUAAUACUUAGAAGAGAAGCAUUUUCAGUCAAUUCACCCAGUGUUAAAUGCAAUUAUGCUCCUUUAGGUGCCAGACAGUUGUCAGUCAAGAAGACAUGUAUUCCCAUGUGCUUUCUACAUUUGUGGAGAGUAAGGUAUGAGACUGCUGUUGUACUGUAUCUUCAUCCAACCUUUUUUGGAAUUGUCAGUAUCCAGUAGUACCAUUUCAGCUUUGUAACUGUGAAGGCCAGUUUAUAGACUAUGAGUAGUCCAUCCUUUUAGGUAAAGUGGGUCGCAAAAAAAGAAAGGGUGGCUUGCAUAAUGGACUUUGCCAAUAAGGAGGGAAUGCUCAUAGUCUAGCCAGUGAAAAAAAACAAGUUAGUAUUACUCAAUGUAUAAUGGUUUGCAAUUUGCAUUCUUAUAAAUUGCAUUAAAUUUGUAACAAUUUUAUGACUCAGAAUUUCUAGGUUAUUUGAUCACAAUUUUGUAACUCUCCAGUGACUGUUUUAAAGGGAAAAGAGGAAUGACAACUGUGAAAAAGAAACUUGCCACAUAUCUUGAUCUGUAUUUCAAUCAAGGAAUAAAAUCUUGAUUGUGCACUUUCAUUGGAUAAGUUAAUUGGGUUGUGUCUUCACGAACAUGACUUUGUGUUAGUUGCCAGUAAUCCAAGUUAAAGACUGAACCACUAAUUCUUGCCAUUUCCCUUGUUCGUUUUUUAGAAAGUAAAGUAUAAAUUCAUGGUUGCUGUGUUGGUGGAGUAUAUUCGAUCUCUGAAUCAGUUUGAGAUUGAGGUAGAGGUAAGGGAAAUUACAGACUUAAAGAGUUAAAAACUGAAAAAAGAAAACAAAAAUGAAUCUCUAAAAUUAAGUUUGUAAAAGACUUGGCAACCAAUGGUUUGGUGCAUUGGAUUUCAGAUUUAGGAUUUAUAAACCUAUAUGUAUAAGCCACCCUUUCUUGUUAAAAUUUAUAUUUAAAUUCCAGGUUCCAGCUACACCACCUAUUUAAGCUAGUGACACAACUUGCAAUUGAUAUGCCAUGCAGUGAUAGGCCAAUAUCGCCAGGAGUGCCUGGUGCAGCAGGUGUAAUUUUCGCCAAUCACCGUGAUCAGCAUGCAUGCCAGAUAUUGGCAAUUUUGUAUGCUGAUUACAACAUUCAAAAUUUGUUGCGAUUGGUGAAUAAAAUCGCUAGGUGUGUUGCUGGCUUAAUGCCAUCCACAACUUAUCACGUGACCUGAAUGAUAUAACCCUCUUCUUUUCCACUUCAACAGCACUAUCUUUAUGAGCUGAUCAUAAAUCUUCUGGUACACAACAAGCGUUUCUACCAACUGCAUCAGGUGUGAUGGCCUUUUAACAAUAUAUUUCUUUGUGUUCUAUCUCUAAACAAAUGAAAGAUGAGAAUCAAAAAAGCAGGUUCUCAUUGCGUUAUUACACAGUGACAGAAGCAGUAAUCCCCAUCAGAUUCAAAAUUUGUGCCAUACUGCUGGCUCACCUCCAGUAGGACUUGCUGCUCCUGCUAUAGUGCAUGCCAAUUAGAGCCUGCCUACAAUCUAGUAAAUGUUUAAUUGUCAUAAUUAGAAUGGGUAACAACUUCAUUGAAAUUUCUCAAAGACAACAAAUUGCACAAAGUCUUUGAAAAUUUACAAGUGCUUACUUACAGCAAAUUGCAUAAGAAAUCAGUCAUGUUGUCACUUGUUAAUAAUUUACAUGAAAAAAGUACCACAGAAAGUCAAGACAGAUGAAAUUUUGGAAGCAUGCAUUAUUUGUAAUCUGCAUUUGUAAACUUUGCACUCUUGUUAUGUAAAAAAUGCACCCAUUUUCAGCCAAUUAGACGCCCAUAAUAUUUUAAUGUAUUUCAUGAUUAUAGAUGAAUUAAACAACCUCCUCCUCCUGUAGUGUCUUGUUUGAAUAAUCUUUUAAAGGUUUACAUUCUAUGCAUGCAUUCAAACAAAUGAUUCAAUGAUAUUUGUAUGCAUUUUUAGUUCCUGCAAUACCAUGUCAUCAGUGACUCUAAACCUCUGGUAAGAGUAAAUCAAUAUUCUUAUAACCCAUCACGCCCUAGCUUCAGAAUGAAAAUUCUCUCCACUGUUCUCUCUACAUUUCUUUACCCUUUAACUCCCAAGAUCUGGUUGUUAAUUCUCCCCUCUAGCUGCUACACAUUUCCUUCUAAAUUAGUUAUGAGAACUUAGUGCUAGAUCAAGGUAGCAGCUUCCACCUGAUAAGUUUGAAUAUUCUCAUUACCUGUUUGCUGAAUAAUGUAUGGAUAUUAUUGGGAGAAGUUUCAUGUUAAUCACUACUGGGAGUUAAAGGGUUAAGGUGCUGACAAGGAGAAUUAAUUAGCAAAAAAUUUUGAUAAUGCUUACGAUUUUAGAUGUAUCUGCCUGGUUACGUUUACAUUAUGGUUUAAACCUAGUAAUUCUCCCUUCAUUCUCCCAAAUAUCUUUUCAAAAUGUUAGUAAUUACUGCAAAUUAAAGUAAAAAAAAAAAAAAAGCCUGUGAAAACUUUGAUGCAAUUCUGAGAGGUCAAUCGUGUUCUGACCAAUCACAGUAAAGUUCAGGGCAUGAAGAAAACCUUAAAACCACAAAAUUUUUACUAAACAGGUACUGUUUUCAGGUGGGGUUUCUUAUUUCUGGUUGGGUUUUCCUUGGGAACAUGAUGUUACAUUAUUCAAUACAUAUGUCCGAGUUUUCAUAAUUAUCCACCCAAGUGCAUGUUCAAAUAAUAACUUUACUAUGUGUUGCAGGCGUGUCUCAUGUUGUCCCUGGAGAGUACCUACCCUCCCACAUACCAACUGGCCUUGGAUAUGUUGAAGGUAACUCAAACAAGUUUGUUUAACAACUGUCUAUAUUAAUGAAUAAAGGGGGCAAGUUUCUUUAGAAACUGUGGUGCUGCGUUGGAGGGGGAGUAUAACAAGAUAAUUCAGCUUGAUCAACUAUGCCUCUGUCUUGUUAGACUGUUGGCUUUUCUGACUUUUACAGUCAGUAGUCCAUUUGUUAGCUUGCUAGUCAGUUGUUUACCCAUAAAGGGGGUACAUUUCCAAAGAAACUGUGGUGCUGCAUCGGUGGGGAGUAUGAGAAGAUAAGGUAAAUUGCUCACCUUAAAGAGUUUCAAAGCUGACAUUUAGAGCAUUAGCCCUUCAUCAGAGUGAAUGAUGUAGGGCUGACACACAAAAUGUCAACCUACGGUAGACAAUCUACAUUAUCAACUCAAUCAACAAAACCAAAUUAUGCUGUUAUAUUCCCCUACUGACACAGUACCACAGUUCCUUUAGAAACUUACCCCCUUUUAUUCAACUGUCUAUAUCACCUAUCUUAGAUCAUUCUUUAUGAAUUACUGACCAAUACUUUUGUGUUCACACAAAUGGGUAACUUUCAUUGUUACUCUCCACAGAGACUUAACACAGCCAAUGAAGAAAUCAUUGAGGUUCUUCUCUCAAAACGUCAGGUUAGCCAUUUACAACCAAACUGAAAAGAUAAGUAAGCUAGGUAGAAUUUUAGAAGCUGGUGAGAAGACCCUUAUUACUUGUGCUCUCCAUGAACACUUCUUUGCCUGUGAGAAAGUAUAAGGCUUUGAACCGAGCGAACUGGUGAGAGGUUUUGUGAGUGGUGUGGCACCACAAAUGAUUAUUGGUGCCAGACUACCAACACUCUCUCCCCAACUCAUCUCAAAUCUUUCCACAGGUGCAGGAACACACAUCCUGCAGCACUGAUUAUGAGAGCCUGCUCACAAGCCAGAAUGUUAGCACUUUUCCAUGUCAUUUUCCUUCUUGAUUGUUCUUCUGUUAUUAACAAUUGUCAUGGUGAUUUGUUUUUUUUUAUAGCUGUUGCCUGCCUUGCGCUAUGUGCGUGCUAUAGGUGCAGAAGACUCUAUAUCACCCCGAAAGUUCUUAGAGGUUGCUUCAAAUCCUGAGGAUUCCAUGCUUUUCUACACUGGUAGGUCAUGUAUAUAGUCACUGCCCAAAAUUUCUGGUGAAAGUUAUUGUUGAUAUUAGUAACUCUCUUCCUGUUCUCAAAUAGACAAUGUUUACAUAACAAUUAUAAAAUGUCGUAAGUCAGACUUAUUUUCUCUGGGUUUACAUGAUUUCAAGCACUAAAUGUAAAGAAACUGAAUGUGAUCCCUUGUUCUCUAUUGCAGUAUACAAGUUUUUUGAACAACGUAACAUGCGGCUUCGUGGAAGCCCUGACUUUGCUCCAGGUAUGAAUAAUUUUGAUACUCAAUUAAUUUCUGCAUUUUUUAUGCUGUUGAAUCCAGUUAGAUUGAAUAGCAUUAUCUCCAAACUUGGAAACUUCAACCUGUCCAGACUUAAGUUUGAGACUUCACUUCUUUGUAUCUUGGUCCAGGGGAACACUGUGAUAUAUAUGUUAAGAGAUUUGAGAGCCGUUUUGGGUCAAAUCGGAAUGCACAAUUAAACAGUAAUGGAGGAAUCAACUGAAGAAGGUGGCAGCAGUAUAAGAGACAAGCAUUAAAUGAGAUGAAGUAUGUGGAGUAAAGCCAAAGAUAGAACAAGUUUCCUGUGCAUCAGUGUCCCCAGCGUGAGUUUAAUGGCUUGGCAGAAGGUUGUACUCAUGCAUGAGUGGAUCAUAUCCCAAAUGUACCAGACAGUGUCAAGAUUACAAGGUGGAUCAUAGCUCUGAUGUAGAAAGGAAAGUUUCAGACUCUUGGUUAAUGGACUCAAGAGGAAUGUGUGAACUAAAAAACGAAUAGAUGGCAGAGUUUAAGUUGCCAUGGCAACUGAAUUUGCGGCAGAAGUUGCUGAUCUGGCACAAGUAUUCAGCCAUCAGGUUGAAAGCUGAAAAGUUUUCUUUUUUUGUUAGUUAAUAUAGUUUUAAGGCCUACAAUUAAAGUAGGAAAGGUAUUUGUCAUUUUCAUCUGAAAAAACUUUGCUACUUACCCUAGUUUUACAACUUUAAUUACUCCAAAGAUAAGGGAUGUGGUCCUGGGUUUAGUCUGCCAUGUCAAUUUGCAUGUGUCUAUAUUUUCUGACGAUGAGUCACUAAAUGACAACUUUUACAAACAGCUAAGCUUGGGCCAAAGGGGAGGUAGGGCUUGAGGUAGGAGGAACCUGUCAUUCCUGUCUCACUCCUCUUUCAUCCUCUGUUAUUUAUUUGCCUACCAAAAUUGUAAGCCUAUAGUAAGCUGGGAUAUAAAGAUCAUCAACUGAACAACUUUAAUUCUUUUCAAACUCUUAGUCUGUCCCAACAGACCUUUUAAGUUUUCUCUCACUGUUUCUCAUAUUACAAAUUGAAGAAUUUUAUAUUGUAUAUAACUGUGAAUUGAACUCUGUGAUUGUGCCCCAUAAAAUAAAAAAUUACAGAGAGAAGAGUUUCACAUGUCUUUGUAUUAUUUUCAAAUAAUUUUCUUUUGACAUACUGAAGUUUUAUUAACAAAUGAGAUACUCCAUCAACUGACCAACAAAAUGCCUUUUAUUGACAAGCUGAAAUAGCAUAGAGCACAUUGAAUACCAUAUUUAUUUUAAGUAACACAUCAUAAAUCCAUUAAUGUGUGAUAAAAACUAGAUAUAAUAAUUUCCCCAAUCAGCAAGUGAGAUGGAAGUGAGAAGUGGUAAAAACUCUUGAAAUAAUUUUUUAUCAUGUAUCAAAAUUGGUGUCUUUUCAACUCUAGACUCAAACUCAAUCUUGUGCUUUUCUUGGCAUUCAGAGUAGUAAAUAAAUAUAUUCUGUUAUUAUUAUUAACAUGUAAAAGUAAUAUUCAACAAUGUAUAUACAAACUUAUUUACAGUUUACAGCAGGUUGCAACAAUCUUGAAUAUGGCUCUAGUUAUACAGCAAUAAUCUACAAUAUAAGUUAGCAAUAAUGAUUCACACAAAUGUACAAAACUUUACAAUAAUAUAGCAAUAAUUUAGUAAUAAUGAUUCACACGUAUAUACAAACCUUUAUGGAACUAAUAAUCAUAAUAAUAUUGUAUUAGGC